UCAAGUUUUGAAGAUGAAGUCUCUCUGCAGCAACACCCGUUCAGUACUCUCACUUUUCCAUCUCUCUCUCCUCCUUGUUUCAGCUUCUCUCCCAUCUCUCACCCUCUCCUCUUCUGUUCGUUGCAAUCCGCAUGAUAAAAAGGUCCUUCUGAGAAUCAAGAAAUCUAUAAACAAUCCCAACGCCCUUCUCUCUUGGGAUCCCGAAAUCGAUUGCUGUGAUUGGGACUACAUCGUCUGCAACCCUCGAACCUACCGAGUUACCCAACUCGCCUUCUUCCAAGCCUACAUCCCCGGCCAAAUUCCAUCCGCCAUAGGUGACCUUCCCUAUCUCGAAACCCUCUCCUUUGAUGAAGUCACCCAGCUCAACGGUUCCAUCCCCUACUCCAUCACCAAACUUUGGAACCUCAAAUUGUUUCGUCUCAACUGGACUCCAUUCUCCGGCCCCAUCCCUGAAUUCCUCGGCCAACUCAAGAACCUGGGCUACCUCGAUUUGGGUUACAACCAWUUCUCUGGUCCAAUCCCGGCUUCCCUCGGUGAUCUUCCAAAACUAGAAAACCUUUACCUCAACCGGAACAACCUCACCGGAAAAAUACCAGACUCUCUGGGAAAACUCAAGAGCAAUCUUACUUGGUUCGACCUCUCCCAUAACCAGCUUUCAGGUAAGAUACCGAAGUCGUUGGGCGAAAUGAACUCCAAGGCGAUAAUUCUAUCCAAUAACAAGCUGGUAGGAGACGCGUCCAUGGUGUUUAAAGCGAAGGGAACAACGGAGCAGAUCGAUUUGUCAUUGAACCAUUCAUUCGACCCGUUCCGGUUUGGAAAACAUCGCAGCAAGGAGAUUAGAACUGGAAAUUCUAUUGAUGACCUAGGCAUGGGUGUUGAUCUUCUAAAUACAUACAAACAUUAG